GUUUCUGUUCUCGGCAAUGAACGAGCACGCAAACACGGACCUUGUUUGUAGUGCGUUUUUGUUUCGUUAUUUCAGUGCGUCCCGUGCCGUUUCAUGUGUGCGCUUUUUUAUUCGCCCAUUCGGUUUUUUCGUACAAAACAGAAAAAUUCAGUGUUUGCCGCAGCGGCUGAGCUGCUGUUAGUGUGUUUUGGUUUUUUUCCCCCAUCAAAUUCCACACAAUGAAUAAUCAUUGAAAAUUUGAACAACAUUUGCAUCGUUAAUUGCUAUUCAAUUAAUGAUGGACAACGAUCGGAAAUUGUGACAAGAAAAAAGUAAACAAACGAAUGUGUGGCAAAAAAGAGAAUAAGUGUGCAUGUGCAUCGAUCAGUGAGAGCUUUUAACAAUAAACAAAACAAACCAUUUCAAGGAUUUUGAUCGAGAAAAAAAAAAUUAGAUCGAACUCAAUGAAAAAACAAAACAAAAACAAAUCAAGCGUUUCGUAAUUAUUCUGUGAUUUUGAUUAUGAUAAAAAGUGUGAAUACGUUUCAAAGCAACCAAUUAUUUUGCGGAUUAUCCCAUUUCUCAACUGACUCAAGUCUUUCACCUUAUAUAUGAAUUUCAACCACCUCUUUCCCAUUUUACAAGGAAGCAAUUUUUAAUGUCGAUAAAAGAGUACGUGCAUUGAGGAGAGAUUAAGAGAAAAAAAUGACAAGUCAUCGUAAUAAUCAUCAUAACUAGAGCAUCGAAUGAAUUCAAUUGUAGUGUGAAAUGAAAAUAGUCAAAAAUCUGUUGAAUAAAUUGACUGCUAAGCAAAAGUAAAAAAUUACGACAAACAGUGUGAAUUGAACUGAAAGGAUUCGGAAAAAGAGUCCAAAGGAACAAUACGAGAAAAAAAGAGACAGUUUUUGUUCAGUGUCGCAGUGAAAUAGAAAAUUCGUCAAGAUUUUCGCGUUACAAUCAACACCAGCGGCCAUGAUGGGGGCAUCAGUGACUCCCUGGCCAGGAACCACAAUGAUGGACCGUGUCACAUUGGAUGACAUCCCACAUAAAGCACGAGUCCAAUACCAGAUGUCGGCUGAAUUUCAACCAGAUUCAAGUCACAGUGGAGUCAAUCAAUUGGGUGGUGUGUUCGUUGGCGGUCGACCGUUACCAGAUUCGACGCGUCAAAAAAUCGUCGAAUUAGCUCACUCAGGUGCACGGCCUUGUGACAUAUCACGCAUUCUGCAAGUAUCGAACGGUUGUGUUAGUAAAAUAUUAGGCAGAUAUUAUGAAACGGGCAGCAUACGGCCAAGAGCCAUUGGUGGUUCCAAGCCACGAGUCGCCACCGCCGAAGUUGUAAAUAAAAUAUCACACUACAAACGCGAAUGCCCAAGCAUUUUUGCAUGGGAAAUACGCGAUCGAUUACUGCAAGAAGGCGCCUGCACCAAUGACAACAUUCCAAGCGUGUCUUCAAUAAAUCGUGUCCUUCGCAAUUUGGCCGCACAAAAAGAGCAACAGCAUACACAGCCGAAUGUGAGCUCAACGCUGCAUCACAGCAACGCCUCGCAUACACAUCAUCAUUCACAAACAUCCGUACAUCAACAGUCACCAAUAAUAGAUCGUGUUGCUGCAUCGACGCCACCAACAUUGAGCAAUUUAUCAAGCGAUUCCGCUUAUGACAAGUUUCGUUUGCUCAACGGACAUCAUCAUCAUCAUCUGACAUCGCCGCAUCAUUCGGGCGGAAGCGGAAGCGUGGCUAGUAAUGGGACAAGCAACACAGCAUCUUGGCCAAGAACGCCAACCGCUUGGUAUCCAAGUGCUGGUGCAACAACGCCUAUGUCAUUCGGGUUACAGCCGCUCAGUCCAUCGGAUGGUGCCACCGGAAUGUCAAGCGGCGGUACAUGCACCGUACUUGGCGAGGAUAUGGCAUCGAAAAAAGAGCUAGAUGUGGGUUUGCAUUCGGACGAGACAGGGUCAGGUGAAGGAGAGAAUUCGAAUGGUGGCUGCUCGAUAAUUGGCGGCAUCACAACUGGGGCCGAUGACGAUCAGGCACGAUUGCGUCUCAAACGUAAACUGCAACGGAAUCGCACAUCAUUCACCAAUGAACAAAUCGACAGUUUGGAAAAAGAAUUUGAACGUACUCACUACCCGGAUGUGUUUGCACGCGAAAGACUGGCAGCGAAAAUUCAAUUACCUGAAGCACGAAUACAAGUUUGGUUUUCAAAUCGACGAGCAAAAUGGCGUCGCGAAGAGAAGCUACGAAAUCAACGUCGUACACCAAGCUCGAGUGUGAGCAGCACAGCCGGCGGUGGUGCGAAUCCGGGCAGUGUUACACCAACAAAUAUCGGCGGUAUCAAUAGCGGUGUGAAUGGAUCCACUCAUCCAGGCAGCAAUACACCCAUAUCAAACGGAAACAAUCACAUAACUAACAGUAGUGACCUGUUGCAAAGUGGAGGCUCUGGCCUUUUGGGCAGUUCCAACUAUUUGCAUUUAUCAUCACUGUCGCCAACGCGUCUCAAUUUAAACAAUGGUUUUAGCAGUGCAAUGAGCACCAUGUAUCCAUCGAUACAUCCGUCCAUGCAAAUGGGCGACUCUUACAGCUUCUAUAAUUGUGGUUCGAUGUCAGCAAUGUCCAGUUUCUCACAUCAUCAUCAUACUCCGCCGUCGUCGAUUGGCCCAUUAUCGGUUUCGCCAACACACACCGGAGCCAGUCAUGGACCACCUUCGACGGUUUCGCAGCAAUGUUUAAUGCAAUCGAAUUCUCAGCAAUCUCAGCAUAUGAACCGAGAUUUGAUAUCACCGUCGCCAUACCAGUGUCAUAUGUCGGUGCGCAGUGGCCCAUUAACACCGGGCCCAAGUGUAUCAGCUUCGUCAUUGGCCGCGGCAGCAGCUGCUGCCUACGAUUCACUCGGUCUUGUGAGCGGACCCAAUUCAGGCAGCACAUACAACACAUCACGACACUCGCCAAGCAGCCCAUCGCAAACAACAUCCACCGGCGGGCUCUAUUCAUUUAACUCAAAUUCAUCGGUGCCAUUUGGCUUGGCAAAUUCAUCAAAUGGAACCGGUUUAAUUUCGCCGGGCGUAUCAGUUCCAAUUCCCGUUGCAAUACCGGUGCAAACCACUGACAUGACAUCGUCAGCGUAUUGGUCGCGGCUGCAGUGACCUUGGUAUUAAUCGAAUUGAGUUAACAGCAACACUUGAUUAGGUUAUAAGCAUAAUGAGAACAACAAAAAAACACACACAAAAUUGCCAUUUCGAUCUCUCCUGUUUUAUUUCUUUAACAAGCAAUUUCAGCUCUUUGCCAAUGAAAAGAGUUAUCCAAAACGAAAACAAAAAAUAACGUUAAUGUCGUUUAGUUCGACAAGAAGAACCAAUUUAUGAAAAUUCUUUAUCCUUAUUUCUGUGUAUACUGCGAAAGUCCCAAAGUUCAAAAAGUGAUUGGCUUCACGAAGAAAGAAAAAGAGAAGAUUAUGCGUAUGUUUCUUUUGCAAGUGCUAAUCGAUGAAUAAAUUACCGGCGGGAGCUUUAUCAAAUAAUCAAUUAAUUGAGAUGGUUUUCUUUUUUUUUCGAUCAGAGGUUUUCACCAUUAAAUGGUCCUCUCAAGUGUGAACAUUGACAUAGAAAAAAGCAGACAGAAAAAAACAAUAACCGAGAAAAAUAAACCAGUGUACAUAAAUGUAGGCGAGAAAUAAUUCCUUUUUUGCGUAGUUCAUAAUCAUUCUCUCAACUCAAAAUCGACCUUGUUCACAAAUCACAGAAAAACUAAGAAAAAAACCUGUUGAAGGAAAAAAAUAAAACUAGAGUAAAAUAACAAACCCUUUCACAAUAGCGAUUUACCAUAACAAAUCCAAUGGAUAAUGUUUUAGAAAUUUUAUAUAUAUUCCAUUCAGCCAAAAACUCUAUGUGUGGAACGAGAGAAAAACAGAUGAAGAUGAAACAAAUUUUAGAUUUUAAGUAAAUGAGAAGAAGAAGAAUCAUAGGUAUAAUAUGCAUAGGAGUCUAAGAUGAAUUCAACCAUAUCCGUGCUGAUAAUUAAAUGUAAAACCUAAUGUAACAGAAAGUAAAAACAAAAGAAAAAGGGAAAAAUUGCGGCAAAAUUGAAAAACUUGAAAAAUUCGAGACUUGAAAAAUUCGAGAGUCAGUUUCAGGUCUGGCCGCCACACAUACACACUCGAUGGACGAUGGAUAACUACAGGCUCAAUUACAGCCGAAAGAAGAACAAAUAGUAUUUUAUUUUGAAAUUCUGCUAUCGUUGCCGGAUGGUAACAUUUAGAUAAACAAAUUCAAGAAGUGUGUUAGUCCAGUCUCUGGGAUUCACUAUUACAAUCAAACCAACCAUAGUCACAACCAAUUGAAUUUCGUAUCCAAUUGAGAUUUGUGUUCAACCAAUUCUAAUUUAUUCCGUGUUUUUAUUGCUAUAAUUGCAAAACCCUCUAAAAGAUAUUGUCAUUAUUUUGAAUGAUGACGGAAAAUUUAGAUUUUGUAUAACAAAUGAUGUACGAGAUGUGUGUGUGAGAGAGAAAAAAAUUGGUGGACGUACGUGGCAUAUGGCAUAUAAUUUCGUACAAUUUCCCUUGUCGAUGUGUAUAUUCAAGGCUUGAAUUUCGAGCCAUCCGCGACCCAAUCUACCGCCCCCCCUAAAAUCAAUCUCGACCAUUCGCUGUGUAUUGUAUAAUUUAAAUAGCGUUUCAACGUGUAAUUUUAAUAGUAAAUUGUAAGGAGUUCAAACAAAAACACACACACACAUAACUAAGCAAACUUAUACCAAAAUUCCCCAAUGCAUGUACCCGCGUCGCAUAGCAGAACAGGAUGAUUAUUUUGAUGUGUGAAUAAUUGAUAACAAAAAAGAAACAAA